UGACACGCCCAGUCUGCAGCCAACUCUUCUAGAGAUAGGUCACGUCACGUUGCGGCGCGUCCCGGUUGUCGUAAUUCAUAAAUCAAAAUAGUUAUUUAGUGAAUAUUGACACUUUUUAGUAUAAGGUUUUUGUGUGACAAUUAGACACUUUAGUUUAUAAGUUUUGUUUAUUAUUUAUAUUUGAGACUCGUGAUCCUGUGUGUGUGUGUGAUAAUAACAAUAUAGAAAAAAACAAUGGGGAAUAAAAGAAAUAAAGUGCUACGCCGGAUUUGUACAAGGAAACGGAGAAAUAAAAGCAAAAAAAAUACUGUGUCUGGAGAACCCAGGGAUUCUCAGAGUAAAACUGCAAAAUUACUCACACCUCUUACUGCUGUUAAUCCAACCUCAACAGAUACCGGAACUACACAAGAACGAAAUUAUAGGGAAACAACCGAAGUGCCAUACCUUGUUGAAACCGAUUCUCAAGAAAAUUUAUAUUUACCAAUACAGGGUCGAAGAAUUGUCAAUAUGAUGUACUUCAUUCAGCAACUUCAAAAAAUUUCCAGUCAUAGUUCUCUGUUUGAUUGCAAUUUAAAAGAUAUGACACUGAUAGGAGAAAGCAGAAAUGGUUUGAUUUCAAAAUAUAAGUUUAGAUGCAUUAUGUGUCAAAAAGAUUUUAUAGUUACAAAUGAAGAGCUAGCUAGCGAACAUAAUAUCAACGCUAAUUUGGCUGCAGCUACUGGAAUCACUUCUGCGGGUAUCGGCUUUUCGCAAUUUAAAGAAAUCACAGCGUGCAUGGAUUUACCUAUUUUUACAGAAUCAACUUAUUUAAAAAUUCAAGACAACGUUUAUGAAAAAUGGGAGGCAACAGCAGUUGAAUCUAUGGAAAUAGCUGCCAUCCGUGAGCGUGAUGCAGCUAUAGCUGAAAAUAAAUUGAGCAAGGAUGGUAUUCCUAUAGUUGACGUAUAUGCUGAUGGCGUUUGGUCGUCACGUUCCUACGGAAAUAACUAUAGAGCAUUGUCAGGUGCCGCAGCAAUUGUGGGUCGCAGAUUCGGUCAAGUUCUAUUCAUAGGUAUUAAAAAUAAAUACUGUCUCGUAUGUGCACGAGCAGAUAAAAAACAAAUUUCUACUCCAGAACACACCUGUUUUAAAAAUUAUACAGGAUCUUCCAGUGGUAUGGAGGCUGAUAUAAUUUGUCAAGGUUUUGAGACAUCCAUAGCGAUGUAUAAUGUUAUUUAUGGCAGAUUAAUAGCAGACGGAGACUCGGCUACAUACGCAAAAAUUUUAGCACGUAAUCCUUACCCAAACCAUACAGUUCAAAAAAUAGAAUGCAGAAACCACUUACUACGUAAUAUGUGCAACAAAUUGAGAGCAAUCACCAAGGAAACUAAAUAUCCACUAGCGUAUAGAAAAUUACUAUCAGAAAUUAAGAUUAUGACUAUUCGGAAAGUUGUGAUUGCUUCAAUACAAAAAUACAAAUCGGAGAAGGAGAAACCAGAAGCAAUUACAAGUUUUAGGACCGAGGUACAAAAUUCCAUUUACCAUGCUUUCGGUAAUCAUGAAAGAUGCAAAGAUUAUUAUUGUUUAAAAGACAAAACUUUACAGAGCAACAUCGAAAUAGAGAACACUAUGUUCUGGUUUAGAAUAAAGAUGAUUAUUCAAUCACUUUUAGCAAAAUCGACAAGUCUGCUUGAGGAUGUAGAUACAAACGCCGUAGAGUGCUUUAAUAGUGUAGUGGCAAAAAUUGUGGGGGGCAAAAGGAUAAAUUUUUCACUUCGACGAGGUUAUCGUGCACGAUGUUUUGCUGCAGUUUUGUCCUUCAAUAACCCUCAUCCAAGACAUACACUUCAUAAGAAAAUUUUAGGGCAAAGUCCCAGAAGUAUACUGAAAAAUUUUGAAGAACGACGACUGAAGAAAAGAAGAAGAAACCAGGCAAAACCUCAUAAGAAAAAUAGAAUACAAAAUAAAGAAAAUAUAGCUCAACGUGAUUAUGGACCUCAUAGUACUACUCCUGAUAUGGAACCUAAUGAAUUCGUCAGAGCCAAAGAACUAUUCUUAGAAAAUUUAAAAAAAUUAACUUCGGACAGAGAUAACAUACAACAGUCUACUAUAAAUCAGAGGGAAAGCAGUGACUGGUUAGAUCUAAGAAAGAAUAUGUUAACUGCGUCAAAUUUUGGAGUGGUAAUAAAAAGAAGAGAAAACAGUAGCAAAGCCAAAUUAGUGAAAAAUAUUUUGUAUAAAUGCAACCUCAGUAAAGUAACUGCAAUUGCACAUGGCGUGGAAAACGAACAACUUGCUAUAAAACAACUCUCUAUUCAAGAAAAUGUUACAAUUAAUCCCUGUGGUUUGUUCGUAGACCACGAAUACCCAUUUAUUGGCGCCACGCCAGAUGGUUUAAUAGGCCAAGAUACAAUAGUAGAAAUCAAAUGUCCUUUAGUGGCUUUCAAAACUGGUCUAGAAAAUGCCAUAAAGGAGAAUAAAAUACAGAUAUGGAGAUAUAAUAAAAAAAAUGAUACGAUCAUACUGAACAAGAACAGUAAUUGGUAUUUUCAGAUUCAGGGUCAACUUCAUGUGGCAUGUAAAAAUAAAUGCUUGUUUGCUGUGUGGAGUGGUGAAAACCAUAACCUCAAAACGGAAAUUAUAGAUAAAGAUGAUGUGUUCUGGGAAACGAAGAUGAAAUCAAAACUAUUGUCAUUUUAUAUGGACUGGCUCUUACCUGAAAUUGUAGAUUCUCGUCAUGCUCGAGGAAUGCCACUUAGAGAAAAAGAAUCUCCCAAGCUCGAUCAUCAAGUCGAAAAUAAUCCAUGUCGUAAGAGAAGACUGAUUUUUGACGGAUCACCAACACUUCUUUCUUCUUCAAGUGACGAUGAGAAAGAAAAUUAUCUGUGUCGUAAGAGACGCCUAAGUUUUGAAGGAUCGUCAAGAAUACUUUCUGUUGCAUUUGGUGCCAAUCAAGAAAAUAUACCCUGUUGUAGUAAACAGUUAAGUUUUGAUGAAAUGUAACAAAUUCGUAAAAGAGCUGAAAUUUAAAUGGUUGCCGAGGUCUGGUCCUAAAAUUUAUCCUCUCAAAAUUUUAAAUGUCUCGACUUGGCUAGUUUUCACAUUCAAGAUAGGUUUAGCUAAUAAGGUUAUCUUGCUUUAUGUCAAACGCAAGUUAAAUGACAUUUACUUUGUUGGUAAAACUAGCUACGUCAUCAUGACAUUUAUGAUUUUGAGGCUAAAAUUCUAAUUUUUUUAUAGAAAUUGGCACCCAUUUAGAUCUCAGUUCUUUUGUUGGUAAUGAUAACAACCACGCAUAUUCUUAGUUGAACUUGCACUUUCACAGUUUUUGUCUUGUGACUGGGACUGUAGCACCAUAACUAUUUUUGUACUUGUUUUAUUUUAUGUCUUUUGAUAAUUCAUUAGUGCCUGUAAUUGGCCUAGUUGAAAUGAACGAUUUGUUUUGGUUGAUUCAUAUCUUUUUUGUGAUGUUUCUAAUACAUAAUUGGAUUUCAUGAAUAUAAGAUCGCAUUGCCCAUUCACUAUCUGUUGUUUUUUUUUAAUAACUUUAUUCCUGAUUACCCAUCCACAGACAGACUUUGGCAACCAUGGCUUUACCUCGAUCACUCAUCCACAGACAGACCUUGGCAACCGUUGCUUAACCUUGAUCACCCAUCCACAGACACCUUGGCAACCACUGCUUAACCUUGAUCACCCAUCCACAGACACCUUGGCAACCACUGCUUAACCUUGAUCACCCAUCCACAGACACCUUGGCAACCACUGCUUAACCUUGAUCACCCAUCCACAGACACCUUGGCAACCACUGCUUAACCUUGAUCACCCAUCCACAGACACCUUGGCAACCACUGCUUAACCUUGAUCACCCAUCCACAGACACCUUGGCAACCACUGCUUAACCUUGAUCACCCAUCCACAGACACCUUGGCAACCACUGCUUAACCUUGAUCACCCAUCCACAAAGAGACUGGCGGGCUUGCAAAACUAAUAUUCGAAUUAUUCGGAUAUUCACCCCUUAUUUACCAUUCACAUAAUGACUUUUAAUAUUCGCUUUUUUUAGGCACUUGCUGUAGAAAUUCGGGGAAAAACUCUGUUCACUUGUCUAAAUUAUU